AUGUCUUUUACCAAUACACCCGUGACCCGGCUUGGUGUGGUCGGUCUUGUGGCUGGCUCUAUUCUAGCCAGUGUCCUUGACGUCAAGCACUACUUUUACAUCUUAAUCGAUACUCACAUAUGGCGUUAUCGGCAAUUCUGGAGGCUUCUGGCCUACCAGCUGUGUUAUGUCAACUCAACCGAGGUUCUCUUUGCUGCCAUGUCUUUGUAUAACCUUCGAAUCGUUGAGCGCAUGUGGGGUUCCCGCAAGUUCGUUUCCUUCCUGGCUGUCACUUAUUUCAUCACGUCCAUCAUUCCACCGAUCGUCUCGAUCGUGCUGCGGCCUCUCACUGCCGGAUAUCUGAACUACAUCCCGGCUGGCCCUACUCCCAUCAUUUUCGCCAUUCUUGCUCAGUAUCAUGCAAUGGUUCCGCACAUGUACAAAUAUCGAAUUGCAACGUCCGAGGCACCACCAACGGACCGACCAUUCGUGGGACUUACGUUCUCUGAUAAGUCCUACAAAUACGCCAUUGCUCUACACCUCGCACUAUUACAAUGGCCAGGUUCGGUUCUGGGCGCAAUCACCGGCUGGGUCAUUGGAUAUUCGUGGCGAGAAGGGCUUCUCCCGGCUACCCUCGUACGUUGGCGCGUGCCAGGUUGGGUAGUGGGACUGAGUUCGCAGAGGCGGAGCGCCGAGUUUGAAGGUCUCCGACGUCGUCUUGAAGAUGAGAAUUCAACGGCGGCCACAACGGGAGCGCAGGGACAGGCGCAGGGACAAGCCGAGCGUCGAAGAACAAUGGGACAGCAGAUCAUGGACCAAGUACGAGAAGUACUUUAG